UAAAUCAGCUCGGCUCGAUUCCCUGGCGAAUCUCGCGAAUCCCGGAUAAUUCAUUUGCUAGUGAGGGACGGGCGGGAAAAAGAGGGCACGGCCAAGAGGAGGACAGUGCCAUCGACGGCAGCGUCUGGCUGGCGUUCUCCAAAGGGUCGGGAGGUCAGCUCAUCGAACAUAAUCGGCCAGUGCGCCGAUCAGUAGUAGCCGCGGAUUCUCCAAAACGUAACGGCGAUUUCUAUUGAAUUUCGGUCAGUCAUCCAGGAAACUGUAACAGUGAUCGAUCCGUUUCCGGUGAAUGCAACUUUGUUCAGGAGAACAGUGUUGGGUGAACACAAGGGUGAAAAAGACCACUGGGGAUCAUGAUCGCGUUCAACUUCGUGGAUAUCCUCGGUAUCUCGCUCCUGUUCCAUCUGACCAUCAGUUUGUUACUGUUGGUCCUACUGGUACCGGUCUUUCUUCUUGUUUAUCCGGUCAUGACAUGGUCGAAGCAGGCCUGGAUACGUUUCGUGAAAUGGAAAUAUCCGAACGUCGUCGUUGUGGAGGAGAACAGCAUUCGAACGAUUUUGGACCAGUUUCGUAAUCACGGCAUUUAUACUUUGCUGAUUCAAGGCCGUUCAAUCGCGGAAGGUAUUCGAGGGCAUUUAAUGCACUUGACAUCGUCCAAGAGAUUCCUGCGCGCUGGCUUGUCGACGAGAUGGGGUCUUUAUGUGUGGAAGGAUAUUGAUGGUUUUUCGGUGGACAAUCAUCUGUUGAAUUCACCAUGUUCUUUCCGAGGUCGCCCGAUUACGGAAUCAAAUAUUCAGGAGUACGUCAGCGAUCUUACGUCGAAAUUCUUUCCAUCUGGGCAACCGCCAUGGCAAGUGCACGUGAUAAAUUGUUUCAUUCGCGGCGAAGAGUGUCAAGUCUGUCUAAUAAGGGCUCAUCAUCUGCUUCUACGUCAAGAACAUCUAAUUUUGGCGGACUUUCUACCAUUAAAAUAUUCCGCCGAAAAUUGGACUUGCCAGGAGGCCGAAUCACCUUUUAUGAAUCUUUACGCUCAACCAUCAGCACUACCGAAGCUAUAUCAAAAGCUGACGGAAAGCUUUACCAAUUACUGGAACGAGUUUCUAUAUAACAAUGACCCGAACGAGCGGCCAGAGAUUCUGAAAAAGCAGAUCGGUAUAUUUCAGUGUACAAAAAUUGGCAUAAUAGUACUGGUUUGCUCGCUGAAGGAGGCGAUAAGGCGGUACCAGAAAGGGGAAAUGUCCGGGGUAUUUAAUAUCCUAUCCACCCUCCAAAAGGAAGCAUCCAAAAGGAACUUCGGGUUUAAAGUGAUCUUCCGUGCGCUACUGAAGUCCAUGAACCCCGUGAAUGCUUUCUUCGACGCUAUCCUUUGGUUCUGGUAUUUGACAGUGAUAAUAACCCUGAAGACACCUAUACUGUUUGUAACGGAACUAAAAGCUCUAAGAUCUCGCCAUAAACACCAUUAUCCAGACACGCUAACCGCUAUGCUGUGGUAUUAUCUUCCGUUAAUGUUGCAAGCUGCUAUGGAAGUGCUUUCUAUAUUUUGGAUAACGAUCAAAGCUCCGAAAAUGAUUUUGGAAGAAUUAUUUCUAAAACAUCCGCAAACCAAUCGCUUACAGACCACGUCUCCUUGCGGAAGAAAGGUGGUAGCCUGGUCGGACGAAGUGGAACUGGAAGUUCUCAGGAAAAUUUCGAAUAUAACGGGUGCUACCGAGGCUGAAAUUCUGUUGACUGCUACCGUGGAUGCUCUUAAGGAGUAUUUUCGGCACUCCAACGUCCGGAUACCGGACGAUGUUCUCGCUACUGGAAAGUUUGUCAGGCAACGAGCGAUAUUUGUGCAGAAUCACGAAGCUAAAGGAAUCUUGUGUCUCGCGUUGCCUACGAGGACACCGUUGCUCGAGGAUGAUUUGGUUGAAAUUUUACAGGUCAUCCGGAAGAAUGUGCGAGAGGCAAGAGCGAAACAGCGAGCAAUAUAUGCCAUUACUGCGGCGGAAGCGUCUAACGGGCUUAUUUCCUCUUGCUUACCUUCUCUUUUGCUAAAAGUAAUGCUAAACCAGUUGACCAGAAGGUAUUCUCUGUCUUUGACACACGUGGACGGAGAUUUACAUGUGGAAGGUGUCGAGACUGUAAUGUAUUGGAGACCACCUCAAGGCAACUGCAAUAUGUCCAUUACUCUACAUAGGUAUGGGACAGCAAUACGCAUGGGUGUGAUGGGUGAUGCGUUGAUUGGACCUGAGCAUUCUAUAAUCACUAGGACUUUCCCGAAAAGCGUGGAGAACCUUGCAGACGUGGUCGGCGUUCCCAGGCCUCCAAGUCGCAAUUCGUCUCCUAGCCCAGCUAGUCCUAACAUUUCGUUUAGACACUAGAAGUAAAGAACUUUUUUGAAAAAUAAUUUCUACUAAUUUCGGGGAAGAAAUUUGUCCUCAAACGGGAAAUACAAUCGAUAAUAAAAAUAUGUAAUUUAAAAUUCUUUUUUAAUUUCCGAAAAUCAAAGGAAGUAGAGAAAAAUAUAGAAUGUUACUUAAUUUUUAAAAAGAUUGGUUUGUAAUAUUAAUAACAGACGGAAGUUACAGCUAUAAUGUCACUUGUUACGAGUUGUCGAUAUAAUAAUUGUGUUAUUAUAACUACAAGGAGCAUGUAGGUAAAUACAUGCAUCUAUGCAGCGAUUAAAGGUUAUAGAAAAUAGCCACUGAACUAUGCAGGUAGUCGUAUAUUGUAUGUAUAUAUUUAUAUAAAUAUACACGUUCGCAUGUAUAUAUACAGACAUUUUAACAAUUUCUUUUUCUCGCAACAAUGCGCAACGUAAUACAAAGUUUGGGCAAUUGACAGAGUGUUCUAUUGUUCGUUAAGCUUGUUAACAUUUUCGACACUGCAGGUCAAGGAUUAUAUCGCAACUGUAUAACUAUAAUUGAUUAUCAUUUCAUGUUCAUUGUUUUUAUUCGAUUUUUUCGAAUAUAUUUGCCCAUCGACAUUCAAAGCUUUUAAUUCCGUAGUAACAUUAUUGGACAAUAGGAAAGAAUAUUAAAUUUUGUCGCGAAAAAUGGAAACACCCUCUUUCGUCGAAUGUAAUUCGAAUAUCGAUUCAACGUUCCUAUGAAAGAUUUAACGCUAUUAACGUAAUGUGACAAUUUGAUUGCCAUCGUUGACUAGUUUAUAUUUGGAAGCAUGUUUAUAUACCCUUCGUUAUAAUAAUGAAACUAAUUUCACAUGUACAUAAAUAUUGUUCGUAUAAUACGAUCAUUUAUACAUAUACAUAUAUUUUUAAUAAAAUAGUGUAUGCGAGAGUAUAUUCUUUUAGUGACGCUCACUCACUUACAUUCAAGAUAGUUGAGUUUUUGUCAGCAACCAUUUUACAACUUAACCACGGAAGUGGAAUUCAGAAAUUGGGGUUUAAUUUCAGUAAAUACGAUUUUUUACGGUCAUUGGCAAUUUUUGGAAAAUUAACAGAUAUAAAGAAAUUUCGUGGAGCUCGCGAUCUUUACUCAAGUAAAUGAAUAAAAGAAAAAAAAUUAUAACAUAACAGUGGUAUCAUUUUUUACCUUAAAUAAAAAACACUUUUCUCAGAUGAAAAUUAGUUUUUCACUGAUACGAGCAGGAUAAAUCUAGGCUAAACUUGUGUGCCAUUUUGUAAAAUGGUCUGUACAUUCUUAGAAAAUAUGUUUUUAUUAAACGUUAAAUGUUAUGAAAAUAUUAAGAAAAUGACUACUAUUUAUCGAUCAACCUAUACCUUUAAACGAAGCCACAAUAGCUAGAAAAAUACGUUGCAGAAAAUUCAUAGCAUCGUUUGUACCAUUAAAUUCGUCUACAUUUAAAUAUUUCGAAAAAUCUUUAAAGAAGUAUGUAAACAUUAGCUAAGUCGGUUCUUUUUUUGCAUUUUUCAAUCGCUGUAUAUAUUCUGUGAUAUUAAAUUCUAACGAAGAACGGAUUACUUGUUUUUAAUUAUUGUAAUUACGCGUUUAUGCCGCCCUGAAUACUUGUCACACAGACUUCCAAGUUCAAAAUUUUCCUAACUUUUUUUUAUUUAAAAAUGGAUACAAUCACAGUUGGGACGUUCCGUUAUAACAAUGCAGGCAUCAUUAUACCGUCUUUAUAGCCAAGUUUCAAUUCUUUGACUAGUCACUGGACAUUGCAAGGCAAAAGUGUAGAAUUGCAUAUUACUUCAAUCGAGCUCUUUACUUGAAAAGUGUCAUAAGUCCAACAUUCACAGAAAUCACGAUUUCUACAGAAAAUUUGUAAAUAGGAAAAUAUCAAACAUCAUGACCAUAUAUUAACUAAACGGAAGUUUAUUCUUAAUAAAUCAAAAAAGGUACUUUGUUCAAUUGUCAAUUGAAGGAUCUAAUUAUUGUCCAUCGAAUUCGUUUUUAAUUGAAUCGAUGAAUUCACACAACAUCGUUCGAAAGUUAGAAAUCACUUAUUUUUUGUCCUCAAAUUUAUUCUUUUUUAAGAUAAUUACUAUCGCUAAACUGCUUUACACUUACUUAUUAAUAUACCUUUGUAGUCACAUAGUUUUCUUCGAAAACUAUAAUUUCUACCGGUAGAAAUUUGUAAUUUGACCUAAUUAUUUGAAAAAUGGACGUUUACUUCAAUUCGAGUUAUAAUCGCAUUACAAGAAAAACGUAUCUUGAGUGAAUCUUCAAUGACUCUUUGUUCCAUUGUUUUGUGUGGUAAAUACCUUUUCCCAAAAUAUUUUCUUCUACUUUAAUUUAACGAAGAUGUUAAUAUUUACCUUUUAAUUGACUACCUUCUAGGUAUCGACUGGAAAUGCAAAAAAUUUCUAACUUUUGUUUGUUUUUUUCCACUAAAAAAAUGGGAAUUCAUUAAUCAUCGAGUAAGUGACCUCCAUCUUUGGAGCGGCAGUGUACGCGAGUUCAGACGCAUUCGUCGCUUCCUAGUGUAGAAAUAACCGAGAAUUAUCAGCCACUGAUUUCAGACGCUCUGAUGGCUGAUAAUGAGUACAAAGUAUAAUGCACAGUAUGACGAUUUAGUGUUUGUAAGUAGUUGGAUAAACAGCUGCUCGUAAUUUAUUGGGAAGCGGAGAUCGGCGGAAUUUUCAACUAAAUGAAGUAUAGUGCAAUUAAAUUUUGAAGUAUAAUAACUCAAAUUAUCAAAUUAUUAAAUUUUAAUUCAUUGAGUUACAUUUCCUAAUUAUUCUCAAUUAAUUAAGAUAUCAAAUGUAGUUUUACAUACUGUAUCUUUGUUCAAAGACAUAUGACAUACCAUAUUAUUUAUAUAAUAAAUUUUUAAAUUAUAAAAUAUUGUUUUAUAUGAAAUGUCUGCUUCGAAAUAGAUUCAAGUAUUCGUUUCCUUUCAUAUUUGUUUUAUUGUUCUUCUGUUCAGUUUAGUCAAUUCCGUGGUCACCGUUCUAAUCCUCAUAACACAAUUCCAAUACAAUCACUAUUCUCCGGUAGAUACCAAAAACUCAAUCAACUAUGGUUUAUCACAUUUUAAGUACUCCUACGAGACUAAUGUAUUUACAUUCACUGUAAAACGUUUCAUAAAUAUCAGCACCGCUAGUAAGUACUGUUUCCACCACUGUAUACAAAAUGUAA